CAAAGCUUUCAACAGGAUACAUUGCAGGCUGUUUCUAUCUGGGUCACACACACUGAACAGAGACGAGACAUGAAAGCUGCGGUGGGACUGCUGGUGCUGCUGGUCGGAGUUUCUUAUAGUGUGAAAACUUACUGUGAUGGCAGACAGGAUGGAGCUCAGUGUUAUGGAGCUUUGAGAGGAAGUGUGGAUAUCCAACUGAUGAAAAGCACCUCAGAAUUACCUAGAUACCAAUUAUUAAAGAAUUCUUUAAAAAUAUUAGAUGUGAAAAAUGAUCAGGUUAAUAUGAUAGGAAACAGGUCUACCAUUAUUCCCAGUAAUGGAACAUUUAGGCUCAAUAACCUGAGCAGCAAUGACAGUGGUAAUUAUAGCCUUAAGACCUUUGAUUCAGAUGGAAAAUCAUCAGGCGAGCGGACUUUACAGUUGUUUAUUCAAGCUCCUGUGUCCUCUGUCCUGCUGGUCUCUGAGUGUCUGUCCCAGAGAGAGAUGAGGGUGUCCUGCUCCUCUAAGGGAGGGGACAGUCCUCAGUACAGCUGGACUCUGGAUGGACGCACACUGACAGAUGCUGAGCUCCUUUCUGGAAAUAAUGAGACUAACAACAUCACUCUGAAACAGCACGUGUCAGGACAUCUGGUCUGCUCAGUCAGGAACAACGUCAGUAAUGUCUCCAAAGAACAGAAGACCUGUCGCUUCAUUAACUGCACGUCAAUCAAUGGGACACAGAUAUUAGGGUGGGUGCCUGUGGACAGUAACGGCCUGUGUAUUGAACCAACAACAGAACCUACCCCAGUCACACCAACUUCUGUGGGUAAGGAGACUGGCACAGUGUCAAUUACACAAUUCAACAAUGAAACUGUGACUUCCAACAGUGAUGACCAAUGGUACAUUACCAAUUUGCCACUGAUCGGUGGUGUUCUCUCAGCACUGGUAUUUUUCUUACUUGUGGGUGUGGCAGUCAUCUGUGCUCAGAGGAAAAAACAAAACAACAAACCUACAAAACCAAAAGAGGAUGAAUGUGACCAAGAUGUAACCUAUGCUGAUGUCAGGAUCAUGAAGCAACAGGGGAAGCCAGCGGUGCAAACAACAGAGGCGGAGGUGGACGUGGAGUAUGGCCAAGUCAAGUUUUCGAGGCGAUCUCGGCACACUGAACCAACAGGAGAUGAUUGUAUGUAUGCAAAGGUCCAAAGAUUCCGGUGAUUUAGGUUAUUGGUGUGUUCACACAGACUGAAGGUCCAUGGAGAGAGGAGAUGAUGUCAAGAUGCCAAAAGGUCUUUUAUUUAAUUCAAUUUCCCAUCAGAAAAAUAAAAAAACCUUCAGAUUUCAUACGUAUUGAUUUUCUUUGCUUUCACUGUGAUUCUGUUAUAUAAAAGAGCAUCAGCACACUCAGACUUAGGUGACAUCUGGGUUAUCAUUUCAUAUGACGCUACACAAGCUGCGGUAGUUUUGAAGCUAUUUAACAUUUCUAAACAUAAUUAUUCAUAUUUUUCUAUUAGCUUUUAUAUUUAUAGGAUGUUGUAAUAGUUUUAUUCGUAGUUAUAAUUUAUGGAUAUGUUUUAUCUUAUUUAUUGUCUAAACACUGAUAAACUGCAUUAUUACUAUAGUUUUAACAAUACAUGAUGCACUCAUUUAUCCUAAAACGGCCAAUUUCAAUCUAAUGCCACAA